UGAUAAACGCAAUCUUGAUAUUGGCUCAAUCGACAGGAGCUCUGAUCAUUAAAAGAAAAAAAAGGUGAAAAAGAAGGGGGGAGGAGCGUUGCGUUUUCCUAAAACUUUGUGAUCCACCGCCUACCGCCGCCACGGGAUGGAACCAACCACGGCCCCCCCUUGUUUCUUUUGUUAAAAUAUACUGUUCACACGCAAUCCCAACGCGCAAAUUCCCUCUCCAUAUAAACAUCUCCAUCUCCAUUACCCAUUUCAUCAAUCAAAUCCUUCAUCCAAUUCAAUAUCCAAUUACCCAUGGACAAAUUCACACUACUAUUCAACACCAUUGACACCGACUGCGACGGCAAGGUCUCCCCUCACGAUCUCCUCACCCGUCUCCCGCCCCUGACAGGGGAGGACCUUACCGAGGUGGACGCCGCCGCGGCUGUGGCUGCCUUCGAUUGGAACGGCGACGGGCUGCUGGACAUGGAGGAGUUUGGGAGGUUGGUGGAGGGGGAUGAUGAAGAAGAGGUGAGAGAGGCUUUCCAGAUGUAUGAAAUGGAGGGAUUGGGAGUCAUUACGCCGGUGAGUUUGCGCCGGAUGCUCAGCCGCCUUGGGGAGUCGAGGAGCGUCGGCGAUUGCAAGAAAAUGAUCGCUAAAUUUGAUGUCAAUGGCGAUGGAGUUUUGUGUUUCGAUGAAUUUAGGACUAUGAUGUUGCUCUGAAAUUUUCACCCCUAAUCUCUUUUUGUGUUUGGGGAAAAAUGGGUAUUCUAAUUUACAACCAUUUAAUUAAUUAUUUAUUUUUUAA